AAAUUCAAGUUGACCUCAAUGGAAAAUAGCACAGAAGCUACAGAGUUCAUCCUCUUGGGGUUAACAGAAGACCCUAAUCUGCAGGUCCCCCUCCUCCUGGUAUUUUUGUUCAUCUACCUCAUCACUCUGGUUGGGAAUGGGGGGAUGAUGGUGAUCAUCCACUCUGACCCCCACCUCCACACCCCGAUGUAUUUCUUCCUCGGUAACCUUUCCUUUGUAGACCUGGGUUACUCAUCAGCUGUAGCUCCUAAAACGGUGACUGCCCUGCAGUCAGGGAACAAAGUCAUCUCCUACAAUGGCUGUGCUGCCCAGUUCUUCUUCUUUGUGGGUUUUGCCACUGUCGAGUGCUACCUCCUGGCCUGCAUGGCCUAUGACCGCCAUGCAGCCAUAUGCCGGCCUCUUCAUUACAGCACCACCAUGACAGCAGGUGUGUGUGCCCUCCUGACUAUGGGCUCCUACGUCUGUGGCUUCCUCAAUGCUUCCAUUCACACAGCAAACACCUUUAGACUCUCGUUCUGUGCUUCUCAUGAGAUUAAUCAUUUUUUCUGUGACAUUCCUCCACUCUUGGCUCUCUCAUGUUCCAACACACGCAUCAGCAACUUGGCUGUCUUCUGUGUCGUGGGCUUCAAUGUCUUUUUCACCCUCCUGGUCAUCCUCAUCUCUUAUCUCUUCAUAUACAUUGCCAUUCAAAGGAUGCGUUCUGCUGAAGGACGGAAGAAAGCCUUCUCCACCUGUGCCUCCCACCUCACUGCUGUAACCAUCUUCUAUGGAACUAUCAUCUUCAUGUACCUACAGCCCAGCUCCAGCCAGUCCAUGGACACUGACAAAAUCGCUUCUGUGUUUUACUCGGUGGUGAUCCCCAUGCUGAACCCCUUGAUCUACAGCCUGAGGAACAAAGAAGUAAAAAAUGCUCUCUGGAAAGUACUCAACAAACUUAAUCCCCAGUCAGUAAGUAUGAGUAGGAAGUAGGCAGGUGAUGGAGGAAUAAACCUUCCCCCAGACCUCAACGCCAUCACGACUUCUGAGGUGUGGUUACUUUUGCUACUUGGAGAAUCACGAAAGCAGCACUUGGAAAUGUCUCACUCAGGGAGAUAAUCUUAUGUUUAGUGAAUAAUGACAUUGGAUAUUUAAAAACCUUCUUGCAGUAGUUUCUU